AUGGACGGCGCCCAGGCACCAUUGAUGGCGGACAGCCACGAGGGCGACGAUGUCGAGGAUGAAAACAACGUCGUCCGCCAGGAACGCCUCAUCAAAGAUACCGAAGCGAAUCCCGGUGUUUUUGUCGUGGCACUGACCAUUGCAGCGGGAAUAAGUGGACUCCUUUUUGGAUAUGAUACGGGUGUUAUAUCUGCUACGCUAGUGUCGAUCGGGACGUCAUUGUCGAGCCGCGAACUCACAUCUAUCGACAAGUCUAUUAUUACAAGCUCAACGUCGCUCUUUGCUCUCCUCAUUUCGCCCUUUUCUUCCGUGCUCGCCGACCGUCUUGGCCGCAAACGAGUCAUCCUGUACGCCGAUGUUUUGUUUGUCGUCGGCGCCGUUCUCCAGGCGCUAUGCUCCACUGUGCCCGUCAUGGUUGCUGGACGCUGCAUCAUAGGAGCAGGUGUUGGAGCAGCAAGCUUCGUGGUGCCGCUGUAUAUUGCAGAGCUGGCUCCAGCUUCGCACAGGGGGAGGCUUGUCACAGCAACGGUAUUGUUCAUCACCCUGGGACAAAUGGUUGCCUAUGUUGUCGGGUGGGCAUUCUCGGCGUACGGCUCCAAAGAGACCGGGUGGCGGUGGAUGGUCGGCCUUGGUGCUCUGCCCGCCGGGUUCCAAGCUGCAGUUGUUGUCUUCAUGCCGGAGACGCCCCGCUGGCUAGUCAAGGCGGGCAAGCCGGUACACGCAAAGGCCGUCAUUCGGCGAGUCAACGGCGGAGCAGGGACUGCAGAAGAGGCAAAUGCGGUAGUCGGAGAGAUUGAAUCAGAGAUCCGUGAGGAAGAGGAUCUUGGACGACACCGGGACCAGCAGCCCCCGAGAUGGAAGUGGCUUGGGGCCUGGCGGGAUCUCCUCGGCCAAGGCAAGAAUCAACGAGCAUUAGCGAUUGCAUGUUUGCUGCAAGGCCUGCAGCAGUUGUGUGGGUUUAACUCGCUCAUGUACUUUUCGGCCACAAUCUUCGCUGCCGUCGGUUUCAGCAGUCCAACAUUGACAUCACUGACAGUCGCAGUCACCAACUUUGUGUUUACGUUGGUGGCGCUGGGACUCGUUGAUGGAAUAGGAAGACGACGAGUCCUGCUGUAUUCCAUUCCGUUCAUGAUUUUGGGCCUAUUGUGUACAGCGAUUGGAUUCUCCUUUCUGCCUUUUGGCGGCGCAAACGCUCAGAGUCAACAUCCGUCGGAAGCCGGCAGUCAGGGGGCAGCAUACGUGAUACUCGUCAGUAUCAUGCUCUACGUGGCGUCAUACGGAAUUGGACUAGGGAAUGUGCCCUGGAUGCAGAGUGAGCUGUUUCCCUUGUCGGUUCGAUCACUGGGAAGCGGCAUCGCGACUGCGACUAAUUGGAGCGCCAACUUUGUUGUUGGGCUGACUUUUCUACCACUGAUGGAUGCUCUCAGCGCGUCGUGGACGUUUGUUUUGUAUGCAUUGAUAUGUGGGAUUGGAUAUGCAUUGGUUUGGCGGAUAUAUCCAGAGACAGCGGGCCUGAGUCUGGAAGAAGCGACUGCAUUGCUAGAACGAGGAUGGGGCGUUUGA